GUGUAGGCUACACGAUCUGGCAUUCCCUAGCGUUUCGUCAGAGCCAGACCCGCCUGCGGCUGAAGGGAGGGGACGCGUCCUCUGCUCCCGGAGCAGGAGGAACCCAGCCGCUAACCGAGCGCGCCCGGGGAAGGAGGUCUUCGCUGGUCGCUCGGCACCUGGUGCAUCCCAUCAAGAGAGAGAAAGCUGCGGAGCGGCCACUCCACGCUCACCGGAGCAGGCAGCAGCAUGCAGCCGCCUCCAAGCCUCUGCUGGAGCGCCCUGGUGGUCCUGAUCCUUGCCUGCGGUGUGGCGGGGGUCCGGGGAGAAGAGAUGGGAUUACCGAUGGCUGGGGCCACCCCUCCACUCCUUGGGACCGGAGAGAUAACGACGCCCGCGUCUAAGCUCUCCUGGCUGACGAGGUCCAACACCAGCACGCCCUGGUCGUCGGUACCUCCGCAGUUGCCUAAAGCAAGGAAGCCGGCUGGAGCCCCGCCUCACACUCUCUCCCCUCCCCGGUGCGAGGGAUCCAUAGAGAUCAAAGAGACUUUCAAGUACAUCAACACCGUGGUGUCUUGCCUAGUGUUUGUGCUGGGCAUCAUCGGAAACUCCACACUGCUGAGAAUCAUUUACAAGAACAAGUGCAUGCGGAACGGCCCCAAUAUCUUGAUAGCCAGCCUGGCUCUGGGAGACCUGCUGCACAUCAUCAUUGACAUCCCCAUCAAUGUCUAUAAGCUCCUCGCCCAGGACUGGCCCUUCGGACUUGAGAUGUGUAAGCUGGUGCCUUUCAUACAGAAGGCCUCCGUGGGAAUCACUGUGCUGAGUCUGUGUGCUCUAAGUAUUGACAGAUAUCGAGCUGUGGCCUCGUGGAGUCGUAUUAAAGGAAUUGGGGUUCCAAAAUGGACAGCAGUAGAAAUCGUUCUAAUUUGGGUGGUCUCUGUGGUCCUAGCCAUCCCUGAGGCUGUGGCUUUUGAUAUGAUCACCAUGGACUACCAUGGAAAUAAUCUGAGAAUCUGCAUGCUUCAUCCCCUUCAGAAAACUGCCUUCAUGCAGUUUUAUAAGAAAGCUAAAGAUUGGUGGCUCUUCAGCUUCUAUUUCUGCUUGCCCUUGGCCAUCACUGCAUUUUUUUACACCCUGAUGACCUGUGAAAUGUUGAGAAAGAAGAGCGGCAUGCAAAUUGCUUUAAACGACCACUUAAAGCAGAGACGGGAAGUGGCCAAAACAGUCUUCUGCCUGGUCCUCGUCUUCGCCCUCUGCUGGCUUCCCCUGCACCUCAGCAGGAUUUUGAAGCUCACUCUGUAUGAUCAGACUGAUCCAAAAAGAUGUGAACUCUUGAGCUUUUUGUUGGUACUGGACUACAUUGGCAUCAACAUGGCCUCCCUGAAUUCCUGCAUUAACCCAAUAGCUCUAUAUUUGGUGAGCAAAAGAUUCAAAAAUUGCUUUAAGUCCUGCCUAUGCUGCUGGUGCCAGUCGUUUGAAGAGAAACAGUCUUUGGAGGAAAAGCAGUCGUGCUUGAAGUUCAAAGCUAAUGAGCAUGGAUAUGACAACUUCCGUUCCAGUAAUAAAUACAGCUCAUCUUGAAAGAAGGAAUAUUCCCUUCAUUUCAUUUUCUUCCUUGUGGACAGAAGUCAUUAAAGCAAUGAGGCAUUUGCCAAAAGAAAACAAACCAUGUAGUUGCACAAAACAGUGUAAAACUUUAAGAGUGAUUAUUUAGUUACGCAUGACAUCUUGUAAGCUGUGUGCAGACCGAGAAGAAAAGCAGUGACAAUUAAGAAAGCUUCCUCGUGAAAGCACUUAAUUUUUGACAGUCAGCACUUCAGUGUUGCUCUGUGUAACUUCCAGUAUGUUCAUAUGUUACUUACAUUUAAAUUGGGCUCACUCAGAAUUUCUAUUCAAGAGGUUUAUUUUUAAAUUAAUGUGAAUCUCACAUCAAGGAAAAAUGGGUCACUGUAAAACAGAAUUUUUAAAUGAAGUUUAAAUCACUGGGUUUAAAUUUUGUUUUAAUCCUAUUCAAAACUCAUAUGAAUAGUGUCACACCAUUGGAUAAAAAAUGUACAGGCAGUUUAGCUGGUGUAUUUUUUUUUUUACAUUAGAGACAUUUAAAUGAUUAGAAGGGAGUAUCAGAGAGAAGGAUCAAACUUUUUUGAAAUCCGUUUCAUUUUCUACAUUCAGAAAAUAUCAAAUGCUUUGUGGCAGAAGGAGACAGGAAGCUCGGGAUGCUGUGCCAAAAGACUACUUUGAAAUCUCCCAUUUAAGUACUCUGCAAAGAAAAUACUACCUAUAAUUUUUUUAGGAGCAUUAAAACAUUCUUCCUUUAGUACCACUAUUGCAGUUUAAACACUACUUGUUCGGUUUUCUCAUCUGUAAAUCACCACCACAGCACAGCACGUAGGUGAUUAACCUGAGGGCGGGUCCCAGGGCUCCUACCUUUGCAGAGGGGGAUGCUGGUAGCCCCACCACCGACAGAAUGUGAGUUGCCUGGAGCAAAGUUCACAUGGCAAAGGAAAAGGCAGCGUCCUCUCCCUCCCAUGCUGUAGUUAAAAUGCUCCUUGGCCUAAGUAUAAUAGGAUAGUUAAAAUACUAUUUUUAAGAUCACACUAAUUAGGCAAUUUAACAACUACCUGUAAAGCUUAUUACUAAUUUUUAUAUUAUUUUUGUAAGUAACUAAUAGAAACAAGUUCUUGACAUGGUGCUUUUCUGUCACUUACAGGCAAAACAGUUUUUUGAGAUGGGAAGAACCUCUCACUCUGCCCACUCUUGCCCAAUUCUUUCAUCCCCCUAGCAAACUGCCUUCAGUUAACUUGGGAGGAGAUGUGUGUGAAAGUGCAAGAGAAAACGGAAGAGGGAGGAAAUGAGGUGGGGGGGGGGAGGAAACCCACAGGGACAGACUCCCAUUCUUAGCCUGACACUCGUCAUUGCCCCGUACAUCAAUGCAAAAGGUCCUGGUGCUGUUCCAGCAAACACAGCGCCGUGUUCUCAGAGUGACUUCAGGGACAAAUGGGGCCCAAGAGCUUUCACUCACUCUUAAAAUAUAACAGAGUUUCUCCUUCUUUUUCUUUUGCUAACCCAGGGCCACAUGCUGGAAAUAAGCUAGUGAUGUUGUUUUCUGCCAGCAUGUAAUAGCUGAUACAGUAAACCAAAAUCCAACAGUGCGGCCACCAUG